CAAACGUGACGUAAUUUACUGCCAGCGAACUUGCCAACAAUUCAACAAGCUAAGUUUACAAAAGACUAAUGUGUUUUUAAAAAAAAUCUCACCUAUUAAUGUUUAUUUCCAGUUUGGAGUUCCCUUGUUGUGAUUGUACGACGUGUGUGUAACCGUAACCUUGUUAUUUCGAGUUUACGACCACGCCACCCACAAACAUGGAAUGCCAAAUCACUUUGUCCCCCACUCGCUAAGUGUCCCGUAGGAACGCGAUUUCGGUUUCCGCCCACAACUCUCAAAACAUGCAUGCGAUUGCCUGGCGACCAGUUCAGGGUCUACCCCACCAGUUCGCCCGAAGAUAUCUGGGAUAGCCUCCAGUGCUCCGCAACCCCAGUGAGGAUAUGGGGAACAGAAGAUAAAUGAAUAAUGUUUUAGCCCAGCAAGUACCUUUAGCAGCGAAGCCCAUACUUACUUCUCCCCAACCAUUGGUCCAGCUCUCCACAGCUAGGAGAGUGUCCUGAUCUAAACCAUCCUGGGGCCUCCUCCCAGUGGGAUGUGCAUGCAAGACCUCACCAAGGAGGCAUCCUCUUAGCAGAUACCCAAGCCUCGGAGUAAAACCAGCCAGUCACAUUUUAUGAUUGUGUUAGAAGACGAAGAAGAGAUGCUUCGACUUGCAAAAGGACGAAAACACGUCGUGCGUGAUUAGAAAUACAGAGCAAAGGGAAUGUUUACUUGUCAAAACCGAUGAACGCAGACACAAUCAAAUGAGAUUUGAUUGACAUUGUCAGAGAAAUAUUGAGUGACUACGUGUGGCUUGGGGCUGACUUUUCCUUUUUAAAUGAUUCCAUCAUGGAGGCCAUACUUGACUUUCUAAACGUAUUCCACAUGGAGACCAGUGGACUCUCUCUGACACUUGGCCUCUUCUUCCUGGCUCUUCUGUACUGGUAUUCAGUUUACCCAUUUUCAGUCCUCACUCGAUGUGGAAUCGAACAUCCAAAGCCAAUCCCCUUUUUCGGCAACCUAUUCCUGUUUCGUGAGGGUUUUUUCCAUCCCAUGUCUGACCUCAUAAAAACAUAUGGUCGAGUGUGCGGCUACUACUUAGGACGGCGAGCGGUGGUCGUCGUGGCAGACCCUGACAUGCUCAGACAAGUGAUGGUGAGAGACUUUAGCAGCUUUCCAAACCGAAUGACCAAUCGCUUUGCCAACAAACCCAUGAGUGAUUGUCUUCUCAUGUUGAAGAAUGAACAGUGGAAAAGAGUCAGGAGUAUUCUGACUCCGUCCUUCAGUGCCGCCAGAAUGAAAGAGAUGGUUCCAUUCAUCCAAACAGCCACGGAUGCCUUGAUGAACAAUUUGGAUGUCUAUGCUGAAUCAGGGGAGGCUUUUGACAUUCACAGGUGUUUUGGUUCAUUCACUAUGGAUGUAAUUGCCAGCGUGGCGUUUGCAACCCAGGUGGACUCUCAGAACAACCCAGAGGACCCGUUCGUCCGCCAUGCUCAGAUGUUUUUCUCUUUUUCUUUCUUCAGGCCCAUCAUGCUUUUUUUCAUUGCUUUUCCGCACAUCAUGGCUCCGCUGGCGGGAAUCAUUCCCAACAAACGUCGUCGCCAAAUGAACGAGUUCUUCAUCAACAGCAUUCAGUGGAUCAUCAAACAGAGGGAGAAGCAACCUCCUGAGCAGAGGCGGCGGGAUUUCCUUCAGAUGAUGUUGGAUGCGCGCAGCAGCAAGGAGGAUGUGUCUUUGGAGCACUUUGACACAGCGAGCAACAGCAUCGAGUCCCGUCACAGGAGUUCAGAGACUAGUCUUCACCUUUCGGAUUCGUCCACCCGGCGACCGUCAAAAAAGUUGAUAACAGAAGACGAAAUUGUCGGCCAAGCUUUUGUCUUCCUGCUGGCUGGCCACGAGACCAGCAGCAGCACGCUGGCCUUCACCUGCUACCUCCUGGCAAUCCAUCCAGAGUGUCAGUGCCGAGUCCAGGAGGAGGUGGAUGACUUUUUCAGCAAACAUGAGUCUCCUGACUACACUAAUGUCCAGGAGCUGAAGUAUUUAGAUAUGGUUGUAUGUGAAGCAUUGCGGCUCUUUCCUCCUGGAUUCAGGUUUUCACGAGAAAUCGAGCGGGACUGCGUGGUCAACGGGGUGUCCCUGCCAAAAGGAGCCUUAUUGGAGAUCCCACCGGGUUUCCUUCACUAUGACCCGGAGCACUGGACUGAGCCAGAGAAGUUCAUCCCUGAGAGAUUCACCCCUGAGGCAAAAGCUAGUAGGCAUCCGUUUGUGUACCUGCCUUUUGGGGCCGGGCCCCGUAACUGUGUGGGCAUGAGGCUUGCCCUGUUGGAAAUCAAAAUCGCUCUGGGUCGUCUUUUGCACAGAUUCAACAUCAUAACCUGCUCUGAGACAAAGGUUCCACUCGAGUUGAAGUCAUCAAGCACCCUGGCACCCAAAAAUGGCAUUUUUAUCAAGCUCACCAAAAGAGACAAGAGAUGACUACUGAAUUAAAUGUGCUACUAAGAAGUUUCAAAACAAAUAGAGCCCUGUAACU